GCGGCCGUGCGGCGAGGGAAGCCGCGCGGAGGGCUACGAACCAGACGAUUGUGAGUGUCUUUGCGGCGCUGUUCCUGAGCGGCCUAGUUGCCAUCUGUAAGUUCACAGGCUGCCUUUUGAGGGGGAGACGGUUCAAUCUCUAAACAAUUUUUUGCUGACGAGGUUUCCAUCGUCCUGCCACCAGACCUUGCAUUUUCUUUCGGAAAGCCAGCUCAGCCACAUGGUCCCGUCUUCCAUGUUCUCUUCGCUCUCGGUAUCGUCGCCGCCGCGAUGAUCCUGGGCUAUACCCUGUGGCGCAUGUUCAAAACGAAUGUCAAGUCGUCAGGUGCGUCACAGACUAGCAGCCACCAACAUCGACGCCGUCGUUCAGAUGAGGAGAAUCUGUUGUGGGUCGAUGGAGGAGAUGCUGGCGAGGCGGAUAGGCAGAGCCGACGAUCCGCAUCAACCCGUAGUCAACGAUCUCACCGUGGUCGUGAGCGUUCUCGUCGGCGUGUUACAAGCCCGACAAACCAGACGAAUGGGCGACCGGUGCCUCCGCCACUGCCUGCUAUGCCAACCAUCACAGUGGACCCCAAUUUUGACGCAUUUGUCCCAACCGAGCCGAUUCAAGUUCAUGGCACGGCUGCUGCCAACAGUGGAACGGGUCCAACUCUGGCGACCGCUGUCGACGAAAAUGUUGACAAUUGGAGCAAGCCCGCGACAAGUGUCAUCCACCCACCGCCUGCAUACGGCCGCUGGCGAGGCAGCGUUCUCGCGAACCCCGAUCUACUGCAUUGGCAAGCAGUUCACAAUGCGGCCACUGACGUUGACCCAGCCUUGCCUUCCCCCGCAUACGUUGCCGAGGUAGAAGAUGUUACGUCUGCUGCUCAUGAUAAGCAAGUGCCAACAGCAGAGGCUGCACCUGGCGAGUCAGCGAUGAUCUUGCCGCCGACUUAUUACAAGAGUCCGUCGAGGAUGAAAGCGCGCGUUGCGGAAGCGGUGCAGGUACAGGCGGUCGAACCGGAGAUGAUUGAGGUCAAGAUGGUCGGCGUAGGUCGGAGUACGUAAUCGAACGCAGAGUAGUGCCCCCGGAGGAAAUAAUCGGAGCAUGGCGGAAAAUUUGGUCCGCUGCUGGCUGGCGACCUCCGCUGCUUGUGAUGUAUCCGCGAAGUUGUUGUACCCAAAUUCAUGAGUUAUUUUCAUACUGCGAAUUUCGAGCUUGGCCAUUUCCAUCCCCUGACCGCUGCAAUCCCCGUCGUAAUACCUUCCACAUCAUUUCGGCCCCGUUGCAGACGUAGGCGGCAUGGGAGGUUUCUGCUGCUGGCCAGGCUUCUUCGUCGACUCCUUAUCCCACCAUUCUCGCCAGAACUUUUCGUCUUCGACACGUUUGGCUUCCUUCUGUUCCCGCUGGACGCGACGU